GCUCCAGUUUUGCUAAGCAACUGGAAUUCUGCUGGGAGCACCUUGGCCAUGAGUGAUCAUGGCGAGUCAUGGGUUUUAGUGAAGUUUGUGGAAAGUUAUCACCCACAGCUCAACAACAUCAUCAGGCGCCUGGCUGUGGGCGCGUGGCCUCGCAUGGCCCACUUCUUUGAAAUGGAGGCCAGAAAGGACGAGGUGGUGAAGAACUUCUUCGCCCGUACGCAAGAUGCCAGUGACUCCCUACCUCUCGAGGUGGCGGCCGUCACCAAGAUCCAAUCAGUGCACCGUGCCACACAAAUUCGGAUCAUCUAUCACGAAGUGGUUGCAGCGGCGCGGCUCAUCCAGCGCAUGGUGCGCGGCUGUCUGGGCCGCAAGAAGGCGCAGAAGGUGAGCCAAGAAGGACACAACCAACUGAGAUUGAAGUUCUUUCAUCACUGUGCGUGUACCAUUCAGCGGAUGUACCGUGGCCGAUGGAGCCGCAAGCGGGUGCACAGCUUCUAUGGCCGAAAGAUUUAUUUGGAGAAGGUCGAGAAGCGUGGUGAAUGGACCAAAGAGUACCUCGCUGAAGAACACAAGGAGAAGAUGGCAGCAGCCAAAAUUCAGGAGGAGCAAAGGGUGAAAGAGGAGUUUGACCAUUUGGCCGGCGACUUGCACCACCUCAUGAGUACCAAAACCAUCCCAGGUGUCUACAAUCCGCCCUACAGCGACCUGCUGCCUCGGGCCUUUGAGAAACCCAUCGAAGAGCACCUGCGCGAUGCUUGCCUUGCAAAAAUCCCUGCGUCCUUGAAGAGGGCACGUCACAAGUCCGCGAGCACCACCCGGUCAGCGCGCUUUGGGAUGUCUCAGGCCGAGAUGUCACAGGAUGAAGGCGCCAUGCCUCCACAAGACUUGCCAAAUAGAGCGCCACACUUCUCACGCGCAGCCAGCUCCGGUCGGCUGCAGAAAAACCAAGGGCCGUUCAGGUCGAAGGAACAGAUCGAAGUGGCGAAUGUUAAAGCAGCCAACAUGUAUAGAAGUAUCCAGGCGACUGGACCCUACGACGCCUUGGAGAGGGACCAGAGGAUGCAGGCGAAACUCUCCAAGAUGGCGCGGUCGUCGCCCUUGGACUUCCGCGCUGCAGGGAACAAAGAGAAGCCCGCGCCCUCCAGUGUCCACGUUGGCAUCCCAUUUCCCGAGCACCCGGUGGACCUUCGGAGCGAUUUCGUGGAGCUUCCCAAGAUUCGGGACAAACCUCCAUUCUUUACAGCACAUCCUGGCGGCAAGCAGUUUGGCGACUACGAUGAGCGGCAUUUGUGCCCUGGCAUGAGUUCUGGGUUCUUCAGUAUCUCCAGCCUGGUGCGCUGCAGUGACUUCUCGAUUGGCAGAGAAUCUGCAGCAGGCAUCCGAGCGCUGGAACGUCUCCCCGAUGGGAAGCCACGGGGCGAAAGGUUGUUUGCCUUUCAAGUUGGGGUUGGGCCCAACCUCCGUUGUCGUCAAAUCGAUCCAGUCACCUUUCGCGGAACUUCGCUCCGUUGGGGCGAGUUCCAGGCCCAACCCCAGCCGUUGAGCUGCGAAGCAGAAUGGAUCGGCCGUCUCACCACCGGCCUUAAGUAGCCGCUAGCCAUUAUAUAUCAAGAACCUAAAAGAACAUAAAAAGAACCAGGCACCAGGUCACCAGUCUCAAAAAAUGGAGAAAAACCAAGGGACCGAUGACCGAUU